CGGAGUACCCGGAGGAAACCCCCGCAGCACGGGGAGAACAUGCAAACUCCACACACACAGGGCCACGGUGCGAGGCGAACGUGCUAACCACUAAGCCACCGUGCAUCCUGGAUAUAUGUGUAAUAAAACUAAAAUGUAACUAAAAUAUGAACUACAUCACAUUUACAUGUCAUAUAUGUACUACGUGUUAACAGGUCAUGACAUGGUGGGGUUUUUUUUGUUUGUUUGUUUUAUUUUUGCCGCGCUGCACUAAUCCGAUUGUAGAUCAGGUCAUCAUGUCCCCUCCUCCUGCUGCUCUCCUAUUUGCCAGAAACUCCCAUUGUAGAGACUGCUCAGACACUCUCGGCAAAGCAGAGACCAGAGAGACAAGAGAACGACAAGGACGGACAGUUCAGAGGAGAACACACAGUGGAGUUUUGUAUACACUGGACUUUCUCAACAAGAAAGAGAAAAUUUAGUGCCACGAAGGCAGAAGUUCUCAAAGCAAUGACUGCGUGCAUCUUCAUACGCGGAGGGAAAAUUGAGAGAGAACUGGCAGAUGAUGAAAUCGAAGAGCUGCGUGAGGCGUUUGAAGAGUUUGAUAAGGAUAAGGAUGGACUGAUCAGCUGUAAAGAUCUAGGCAACCUGAUGAGAACGAUGGGUUACAUGCCUACGGAGAUGGAGCUGAUUGAACUGGGCCAGAACAUCAAUAUGAACCUGGGAGGACAGGUGGAUUUUGAAGACUUUGUGGAACUGAUGGCACCAAAACUCCUGGCUGAAACAGCUGGAAUGAUUGGCAUGAAAGAGCUGAGGGAUGCCUUCAAACAGUUUGACAUGGACGGUGAUGGAGAGAUCACAACAGAAGAGCUGAAGUUAGCUAUGAAUAAGCUGUUGGGGGAAAACAUGAGUCACAAGGAGAUUGACGCAGUGGUCAGAGAGAUCGAUGACAACGGUGAUGGAACUGUAGACUUUGAAGAGUUUGUGAAAAUGAUGUCAAGCUGCUGAGAAAGGUGCGGCGGGAAGUGAUGGCGUACAAUUACUUUGUUACUGCACUUCAAGUGGUUUUUAACUGUCUGUACUUUACUUUCUUUCACCUAGCAGUUUUUCGACUUUCUCCUCACUACAUUUCUUGAUAAUCAUGGACAGGAUUUUGUAUAAUCAUGUAUAAGGAGUUGAUUAUGGAAAUUUGUAACACAUUUACUUUAACAGAUUUAACAGUGACAAUGAGACCUGAUACCCAUCCUUGUAAUCUAUCUGUUACUAUGUCAUACACGUCGUAUUUAUCAGGGCAGAUUAUAUUAUGAAGGCUAGCUUUUACUAUUCAGCUAGCUUUUAUCAUAAGAAUUAUUAUCAUGCUAGCUAACAUUUGAGAGAUUAGAAAUAAAUAUUGCCUUUUUCCUUGGUUACUUGGUGAAAGAGGCACGACUUUACCAUACGUAAUUAAAACCAGUAUGUGGUUUGAGCUAGACAUAUUUUUCUUUUCUAUCUUUCUUGUACUUUCAUUAAAUUUGAAGGUUUAUACUAUUCUACUUUAACGUGAAUGAAAGAUCGGAGGCGUUAAAGUUGUAUCGGAUUUUUUAUUUAAAUGAGCUAUUGCACUUUUACUUAGUAAAGAAUGAUCUGUGCAUCCGUGUAUACCGACACUGAUGGAAAAAUAUGACAUAUAGCUGUUGACAGACUGUCCUUGCUGACAGUGAGAUCGUGUCCUGCACUGACAUUCAUAGUAAACCUGCGUCAAAUGGGUUUUUCUUCUGGUUUUCCUUACAUAUCAUGCUAAUUUACAAGCAUCACUGUCACUGAAUGUACACUCUCAACCAAAAUUUCCAAUCCUAUUUACUGCUGUCUUUCUCAUAGAACUAAAUCCAGAUGUUUCCUCAGAGUUAGUUCAUUGUCAUGAACUUCAGAUGGUAGAACACAGGUACAGAGGUUUCCUUUAAUUCAAGCAAAUAAUUCUGAAGUGAUAAGCAAAAGUUCAAACAGAAACAGGCAAAUAGUCAAGCAGUGAGCAAGCUGACAUAAACUGAGCUGGAAGUUCAGAAGCAAAACUAUCAUAGGGACACGUCACAGGGAUGGGGAAUGGGGGAAAUGUUAGGGUGUGUAGUUUGUUGGCUGGCUGGGAAUCAUUGGAAAUGUAGUUUAAAUGUAGUUUACCUUGAUGUGUCACAGACGAAGGCAUUGCCAUGAUAUUCCUAUUUUGCAGAUUAUGUGCAUGACAGUCCCGCCAU